ACUUCACUCUCCCCGCGAGCGAUCUACCACGCUGCCAGCUCCGCGGCUCUCGAUCGAACACCUAUGGGGAGCCGAGCCGUAAUGCAGCUGCGGGUGGUGGUCGUCGCCGCCGCCGCCUUCAUGGCGGUGCAGGGCGCGGCGGCGGCGGAGGAGGAGGAGGACACCGGGGCUGCCGCUGGGGUGCCGUCGUGCGCCUCCAAGCUGGUGCCCUGCGGCGGCUACCUCAACUCCCCCUCCACGCCGCCGCCGGCGUCGUGCUGCGGCCCGCUCAGGGCCGCCGCCGCCAACGAGACGGCGUGCAUGUGCGCCAUCCUGACGAACAAGGCCGCGCUGCAGGCGUUCGGCGUGGCGCCCGAGCAGGGGCUCCUCCUCGCCAAGCGCUGCGGCGUCACCGCCGACGCCUCCGCCUGCGCCAAGUCCUCCUCCACCGCCGCCGCCGCCGGUGCUGGCACUGCAGGUAGCACUGCUGCGUCUUCAGCAUCCACUGGCAACGUUGCCUCUACAGUGGCCAAGCCAACGGCAAGCGGAGGCUCAACGGGUCGCCUGAGCUUCGUCAGUGUAUCAUCCUUGGUAGGCUUCAGCUUCAUCUGCUGGGCGAUCAUGGCGCAGUAGCAAGAGCCACAUGAGCUGUUUCAAGAUUUCUAUUUGAUCUACUGCUAUAUGAUGAGGAGUACAUAGGAUUCCAUUGGCGAAAUUCCUUUGUCUGUAGAUUGUUGUUCAUCACUGGUCGGUUUGUCAGUUGAAUCAGAGCUGUUUAAUUUUGUAUUGUCCCAACAAAACAUGGUUAAUUUAUAUCUGUCUGAA